GCCUUGUUGGCCGCUGGUUGCAGCUGGGCAUAAUGGAGGUAGAGGAGAAUUCUUCGGAAACUCCAAUGGUGGUAGAAAAUAAAGGUGACUGGUCAGGCAGAUGGAGUCAUGUUCAGCGACUCUUGUUAAGGAGUGGGCCUUUGGCUCAUCAAGACUUUGAACCUGGACCACAGGUUCUUGAAUUUAUGCUUGAUACUGCUAAAAUUCUGGUUAUUGGAGCAGGAGGAUUAGGCUGUGAAUUACUGAAAGAUCUAGCGUUGUGUGGAUUUAGGAACAUAGAUGUUAUUGAUAUGGACACAAUAGAUGUUUCAAACCUAAAUAGACAGUUUUUGUUCAGACCAAAAGAUAUAGGAAAACCCAAAGCUAUUGUAGCUGCAGAGUUUAUCAACAGUAGAGUGGCAGGCUGCAAUGUUACUCCACAUUUUAAAAAGAUUCAAGACCAUGAUGCAGAUUUUUAUAGAGGAUUUCACCUCAUAGUCUGUGGAUUAGAUUCCAUUGUGGCAAGGAGAUGGAUAAAUGGAAUGGUGCUUAGUCUGUUAGAGUAUGAAGAUGAUGGCACACUGGAUCAGACUAGUAUUAUUCCCAUGGUAGAUGGUGGAACAGAAGGUUUUAAAGGUAAUGCACGAGUUAUUAUACCAGGUUUAACGGCAUGUGUGGAGUGCACACUUGAUCUCUAUCCACCACAAGUUAACUUUCCUUUGUGCACUAUUGCGCACACUCCUCGUAUGCCAGAACACUGUGUGGAAUAUGCCAAGGUAUUAGUUUGGCCACAAGAACAUCCCUUUGGAGAGGGUGUGCCCGUUGAUGGAGAUGACCCCACCCAUGUUCAGUGGAUUUAUGACAAAGCUAAAGAAAGGGCAGAUAGUUUUAACAUCCAGGGAGUGACAUACAGACUAACACAAGGUGUAGUAAAGCAUAUUAUUCCUGCUGUAGCAUCCACCAAUGCUGUCAUUGCAGCUGCUUGUGCUCUUGAGGUGUUCAAGCUGGUAUCCAGUUGCUGUAACCCACUGAACAACUACAUGGUGUUUAAUGAUACUGAUGGACUGUACACAUACACUUUUGAGGCUGAGAAAAAGGAUGACUGCCCAGCUUGUAGUCAACGACCUCAAGUAUUAACCUUGCCUGAGGAUGCCACCCUAAAAUCCCUGAUUGAUAUUCUGACAGAGAGCCAGACAUAUCAGAUGAAGGCACCUGGUCUCACAACUGUAAUUGAUGGAAAAAACAAAACCUUGUACAUGCAGACAGUGAAGUCUAUUGAGGAGAGGACAAAACAAAAUCUACCCAAGAAGUUAAAAGAUAUUGGCCUGACUGAUGGACAGGAAGUGGUAGUAGCAGAUUCCACAACUCCCAAACCAAUAAUUUGUAGAAUAGACUUCUCCUCUGGAAUGGAAUGAACCUUUUAUUUCAAAUUAUGUUCUUUUAAGGUGUCUCACAUUUUUUACAACCUAUGAUAAAAAAAUACAUGUAAGCCUGUCCUAAUACAAGAUUUUUUCUAUUUUGUGUUCCAAUAAAAAAAAGUCAAUGCAUGUUGUACAUUUUAUAUUAAUUUCUUUGUAUUGCAUAAAUCUAUGUAAUUUGUUUUGUAAAUAAAGUUAUUUCCUUUGUU